UUAUGUUUCAGAGGAUCCUCGCGUCCUAAUUGGUCUCCCGCCGUGACGUCCGCCCUUUAAAGCCCUCGCGUGCUGAGCGCGUGCCGCACGAAUGCCAUGGCCUUUUCUCUCCUCCGCUACAUCUUGUCGGCGCAUGGCCCCAUGGAGUCCGGAAAUCAGGACUUUCAGCCCUGGAGGGAUUACAUGGGUCUGGCGGGGAUGAUCAGAGGGAUGCAGCGAGACGCGUCCCGUGACACCGCCGACGCCGCCGCCGCGCUCCCGGAGUCUCCAAGCGGCCCGACGCGCGCGCACGGGACGCCGACGACGGAGAAACGAGACCCGGGACGCGGCGAGAGCAGCCCCGCCGAGAGGUUCUGCAGCUUCUGCAAGCACAACAGAGAGAGCGAGGCCGUGUUCACGUCGCACUGCUUGAAAGACCGCGCCGGGGCCGUGACGUGCCCGUACCUGCGUCAGUACGUGUGUCCUCUGUGCGGCGCCACCGGGACCAGAGCUCACACCAAGAGGUUCUGCCCGCUCGUGGACCAAACCUACACCUCCGUGUACGCCAGAUCCACCUGGUGAACUGUUUCUUACCUGAAGAACACCUGGCCGCGGCACACGAGGACAUUUUACGAGUGUUUUUAGUCAACUUUUAAAUUUGAACCGUUCGAUCCGUAAUGGCUUGUGUGUUGGUUUGCAUGCAUGCGCGCGCGGGUGUGUGUGUGCGCGCGAUUUUGCACUGGUUUGUUGGAUUUUUGCACUUUUUUUUUUUUUUUUUUU